GAGCCUGCCGUUGUCCAAUCGGCAUCCUCAUCCCGCCUACCCAGUGACAUAGAAAGAAGUAGCCAAUCACGUCGGAGAAUCCCCGGAAGGGGCUGGCGCUGGGCUUCAGCGUGGCUACGACCCUGCUAGGUCGGUGAGGGAGGCACCCGGCGGCGAGAUGUCCUGGGCCGGCCUUCUGCGUGGCCUCGCCGCGUCCCUCCGUCCUGGCCUUGCCCCAGCUCCCCAGCUGUGGGCCACCCGUUCCAUGGCCACCCUGAACCAGAUGCACCGCCUAGGCCCCUGGAAGUGCUCCCGUAAGUCUCUGGGCCCCACAGAGGGCCGGCCCCAGCUGAAGGGUGUGGUGUUACAGACCUUCAUCAGAAAGCCAAAGAAGCCCAACUCCGCCAACCGCAAGUGCUGCCGAGUGCGCCUCAGCACUGGCAGAGAGGCCGUGUGCUUCAUCCCGGGGGAAGGCCACACCCUGCAGGAGCAUAACGUGGUCCUCGUGGAGGGCGGCCGCACCCAGGACCUGCCGGGGGUCAAGCUCAAAGUCGUGAGGGGUAAGCAUGACUGCGGCCAUGUGAAAAAGAAGAAGUGACCGUGGUUCACAGCUGCCAGUUACUGGACCCAUGGGAACUAGUCCUUCCUGCUCCAGGGGCGGCUAGUGCGGGGCUCAUCAAGAGUUCUGGAGGUGCGCUGGAAGGAAGCACCCCGAUGCCUGCUCCUAUGGCUUCUGUGUUCGGUGUCACAGGUUGGACCUCAAGCUGGGAUGGGGUGUUGUAAUAAACCUGGAGGUCAUGAUGUCA